AUGGAGAGGUGUGGUGUGACCAGUGGAGUGCUUAAAAUCCAUCCUAAGGGGACCCAAACCAGCCUUACGGUGUACUGUGAAAUCCACGGAGAUGAAGGCUGGAUCGUGAUCCAGAGACGAACUGGAGGGAAGGAGAAUUUUGAGAGAGGAUGGGCUGAUUAUAAAACAGGAUUUGGAAACCUAGAUGAGGAUCAUUGGCUCGGUCUGGAAAGCGUCCAUCUUCUUACCAAGGAUCCAUCUAAAAAGUGGACUUUGAGGGUGGACCUGCUGGACCAUAACGAUCAACAUGCUUUUGCAGAGUACCGUAACUUUAAACUUGGAGAUGAGAGAACAGCUUAUCAGCUGCGUGUUGGCAAAUACAGUGGAGAUGCAGGUGAUGCCCUGCGUGACCAAAACGGUUCAGGCUUCAGCACCUACGACCGUGACAAUGACAACUGCCGCCCAUGCAUCUAUGGUGACAUUGCUUUUGACGAGUGCACAGAGAGCCAUGGCAGUGGCUGGUGGUACAGUGGCUGUGGCUCUGCAGCCCUCAAUGGGGAUUGGCACUCUUCUGACGACCCCAUCGGCUGGAGCUCAGGCAUUCACUGGCUCACCUGGAAAGGGAAACCUUAUUCCGCAAAGGCCUCCAGAAUGAUGAUCAAGUCUGAUUGA